UGAUGAUCAGUACAAAAUAGCGAUUCCUAGUGAUUGGUUCGUGUGACAUCCUCAGCGUUUGUUCGAAGCUCGCUUUUGCGUUUUUCAGCGGGGGAUUGAAUUUGUAAUACUAUUCUUUCCCCUCCUCCUUUCCUGUAUCGGCAGUUUUAGGAGCGGGGCCCCGACACAUCGGAAAUGCGUAUUAUAAAAUUCAUCGUACCCGUCGGAUUCACAUACUUAACCCGAAAUUUCGCAGUUGUAGCAGCGAUGAGCGGAAACAAGGAUUACAAAUCAGCCAUGUCGAUUUACGACUUCACGGCGAACUCCAUCAGGGGAGAAGAAGUCCCUUUAUCCAAAUAUAAAGAUCACGUAUGCUUGAUCGUAAACGUCGCUUCGAAAUGCGGCCUCACAGCAACAAAUUACAAAGAACUGAAUGAACUAUACGACGAAUAUGCUGAAUCUAAAGGAUUACGAAUUCUAGCGUUUCCUUGUAACCAAUUCAAUGGUCAAGAGCCAGGAAACAGCGACGAGAUUUGCAGUUUUGCCGAUCGUCAAAAAGUAAAAUUCGAUUUAUUUGAGAAAAUUGACGUGAACGGAAAUAACACGCAUCCUCUUUGGUCAUAUCUGAAGAAAGAGCAAGGUGGUCUGCUGGGAAACUUCAUAAAAUGGAACUUCACCAAGUUCAUCGUGAAUAAAGAGGGCAAGGUUGUCGAACGACACGGUCCUAAUGUAGAUCCCCACAAGUUGAAAGAUUCUCUUGAAAAAUAUUUCUAAAUUGUCUUCCUAUGUAAGGAAGACAUUUUCUAAGGUAGAUAUUUCUUAUAGUAUAAACAAAUUAAAUAGGAGAUUAAAUUUA